AUGGUGGACGUAAUAGAUCCAGGUGUGGUAAAAACUGGUGCGUAUAAAUACGAAGAUGGAACUAAAUACGUGGGUGAAUGGAAUUCGAAGGGGCAGAAACAUGGAAUGGGGCAUCUGGUGUUGCCUGAUGGAACUCGGUACGACGGUUCGUUGAUGGGUGGUCUAUGUUCGGGUCUAGGAAUCAUGGCAUUCCCUGAUGGAGCUAAAUAUGAAGGUGAGUUCAUGCAAGGCUGGUUUCAUGGACAUGGUGUGUUUUGGCGCGCUGACGGCAUGAAAUUUGAAGGAGAGUUCCGUGGUGGACGUGUUUGGGGUCUCGGCCUUGUGACGUUUAGUGAUGACAGCAACGGUUUCCCUCGCAACGAAGGUUUCUUCCAAGACUGUCGCCUGGUACGUCGUAAGCGUUGCCCUGAAGUGGUUCAACGAGCUCAGAAAGUGGCGUACAUGGCUCGUGCCCAAUGCCAACAUAUUUAG